AUGGCUCCGAAGACGCACGCGAAGCCCGCGGAGAGCGACGCGCAGCAGCUGAAGACGAAGCUCGAGACCGAGCCGCUGAGCAAGAGCCUCACCGGCACCGUCAUUCCCGAUGAAACCUCCUUCAACAUCGAGGCGGAGAUUAAGAGCCUGGGCGGGCUGGAGGUGCUGAUUCCAGGGAAGCUGGAGCCAACGCUGAUUCGUCAGCAUCUGGACGAGUCGCUCCUCAAGGCCUUCAACUGCGCUUGCAAUGUACACCUGUCAACAUCGUACGCCUAUCAGGCGCUCGCCCUCUACUGUGGCAAGGACUCGGUGGCUCUUAGAGGAUUCGGCAAGUUCUUCUGGAAACGCUCUCUGGAGGAGCAGAUGACGUUCAAGGACAUUACCGCCUUUGUGGUACGCACCUUCUAUAUCCUCCCUCUUUCAUCCUCCGCUUGUUCUCUCUCUUUCUCCCUCCCCCCCUUUCCAAAUUAUCCCUUCCCCCCCGCGCUCGGCCCUGCCCUCUUCCUCUCUUCCUCCGUCUUCUCUCUGCAUUCACCGUUUGUCUAG